UCUUCUGCAAGUCAACUUGCACCAUCAUGUCAGAGGACCAGAGUAAAACAGCCAUGGAGGUGGACACUGCUUUUAUCAAGUCCAAAAGGGGGAUCCUAAAAGUGGCAGAGAUGGUGACUCUGCUUGUGGCGUUUGUGUGUUUCGCUGUAGCAUCCACACCAAAAUACAUCGCAGCCACAGUGUUGGAGUUUCUGAUCACUGCACUUCUGGUGUUGCUGUACAUCUUCAAACUCAACAAGAGGCUGACUUUCUUCUUUUGGCCUCUUAUAGAUGUUUUAAAUUCAGUGUUUGCAGCCGUCUACUUUAUCAUCUUGAGCCUGUUGGCUGUGAGUACGUACACUGUCACAGGCACACUGGUUGGAGGGAUAUUCGGGUUGAUAUCAGCUGUGGUCCUGUGUGUGGACAGCUACUUGCUUUUCAGGAACAUCACAUUAAACAGGCCAAGAAGUGAAACCCAGAAUCAAAAAACAACAACAAAUUAAUAAUAAAUCAAUUAGUAAAUGAGCACAUUGUACUAUGUGAGCAUUAAGAUCAAGAAGUCUUCUACCAUUAAUUUAUUUCUCUUGAGUAUAUUCUAAGACUGUAUUGUACAAUAUAAUCCAAAGUUUUUCAGCAUAUUUAAGAUUUCAGCUGUAUUUUGUGCGUAUUUGUAAAAUUGACAUGAAUCUGAUGGAAAUGACAAACAUCAAUAAAGUUUUAUUUUAGCCUUGUGA